AUGGGCAAGCCAGGCUUAGGGAUAUUCACCGCUCGCCGCAAGUCUCAAGGCAAUGCAUUCGAAGAGGUCGAUAUCGCAACAAGUCCCGAGACCAUAACGGCGCCCGCUGCUGAUUCUGGUGGCUUCCGGGUGCUGAGCAAGACGGAAGUAGAAAAGGCAAAAGAGCAGCGCAAGACACAGGAAAAAGACAGGUCGUCAAAGUUCCCGCGCUUCAGCGGCUUUGGCGGUGCUGGCAGCAAGAACCGCAACCAGUCCGUAGACGAUGAGUCUCCAGGAUCUUCAAAACGCGACAGCAAGUCAAGCAGUGGGACUCAAUUUUCCAAUUCGAGACCCUACGCCAAUGGCCAGCAUGGCUCGACCUCUACACUUCCUUCUUCCACGGACACCAGCUCCGACGACAACCUUUUCACUAAUAUACCCCGACCGACGGUUUCUCAACACAACAGCUCCCCUGCCCCUUCUUCGGUAAACGCCUUCCGCAAGAACUUACCCUCGCUACCCAAGUCAAGCUCUGGCGUGUCAUCAUACAAGGAUCUGUCAGGGUCAGGGUGGAGUGGUAGAAAUCGGGCUAUGACCACAUCGAGCUACGCGAGCACAGCAGUUCCGCCGAAACUCGAAGGGGAUCUAAACUUCGGCGGCUUUGAAGACGACAUGUUCAGCCAUUUAAGCCGCAAAGAAUCUCCCGAAAUACCACGAGAGACUGCGGGACGCUCACUCCUUUCGGAAAAGCGCACGUUCCAGGCCGAACCUAUUAAGAUACCACCACCAUCUGGCAUCGAAGCGCCGUUGAAGAGCUGGGACAGCCGCAACUCAGCCGACAACCUUAUGGCUUCUCCAAAUUCAGACAAUGACUCGCCGCCGCCGCCGCCUCCUCCCCACAAGUACUCCUCGUAUGCGCCGGUCGCGUCAGAAAGCCCUACCUUCCACCCAUCAUCUACCUUCGAAGACACCGAUGCUCAAUUUGUUCGCAAAUCAUACACAGAUAGAAAGUCGUACCGUGAAAGCUCACCCGAACAACAACCCAACUCCACCUCUUCGUCGUCUGCCAACUCCUAUCAGACCCCCUAUUCCUCUCGAUCGGCCACGGCUACGAGCACCACCACAAACACAACACCAAAAGCUUCUCUCGCACCGGGCGCCUCUCCCUACAACGAUGCCGAAGAAGAUGACCUGUUCGCACCCUCGAAGCCUGCCCCCAAGCAGGAAAUCCCGAUAGCGAAGAAGUCUGCAGCCCUGCCCUCCAACGGCAAAACUGCACCGGCUACUACUAUUACUACAGCGGAUGGAAGGCGUGUGAUGUCACAAGCUGAGUUCAGGGAGUACCAGAAGAGACAGAUGAACCAGCCACCACCAGAGGAAAGCUCUGACGACGAAGACUAUGAAGACGAGGAGGACGCUAUCAAAAGACGAGAGGAAGAGGAACUGAUGAGGCGUAAGAAUCAGCAAAUGCACUUUGCCCGGGAAGCUAUGCGACGCUCGACCACAGCCCCUGGCGCUCCCACAGAUCCGGGAGUAGAUCACAUGGGCUUCCCAUCGGAAACGUCGAUGAAAGCCGAAGAAUGGGAAGACGAGGAUGUACCGCUGGGUAUUCUCGCUCAACAUGGCUUUCCAAGUCAGACCCGUAACAGGUUUCCCAGCCAGCCAACAAACUCCAUGCCCUCGUAUAUACCCGAUCGCCCAGCCUCUGCGGGUGCUAUGAGCCAACGCGGCGUUUCCCAAGCAAAUCUACCAGCCUUUGCGAGACAUUUGCCUCAAGACCCGUACAAUUCCUUCAUUGGAGGAGGUUUGGUUCGGCCAACAAACCGUGAGUCUAUGGGCUUCAAUGGUUUCGCGCGUGGCCCUGGAUCAGUCGCAGGCGGUUCUGUUGCUGGGGACAUGGGUAUGGGUCCUAACAUGAUGUACCAAGAUGCUGGUCUGUCGCAGCCCUCGCUCGUGGACCAGAUUCAGAUGCGGGAUAUGUCCAAACAGAAGUACAUGGGUGGUGCUUCAGCAAAGAAGCCCCAAGGUGGGCCUUUCACUGGUGUUCUCGGCCAACAAAUGAACGCGAACGGCCAACUUCAGAACUCGACGCGAAUGUCUCAAAUGCCCAUGAUGAAUGGCAUGGGCGGCAUGAACCCCAUGAUGAACCCUAUGAUGGGUGGACAAAUGCCGAUGCAGGGUAUGGGCAUGGGCAUGGGUCAGAUGGGGUAUCCAAUGCAGCAAGGGAACGAGUACAUGCAGCAGAUGCAACAAAUGCAGCAGAUGAUCGCCAUGCAGCAAAUGCAACUGCAGAUGAUGCAGCAGCAACCCCAACAAGACCCAAGGAUGUCAAUGGCAAUGCCCAACAACGGUUACGCAGGCAGUACUAUGGGCAGUACAAUGGGCGGUGCAGGCUUCCUAAACGUACCAAAUGGUCAAAAUCGACCAAUGUCAUUUAUGUCGCCCAAUGGAAACCAGCAACAGCAGCGCUCCAUGUCGUUCAUGGGCCCGCAUCCAGGGUACCGUCCCGUCGUCAACCAGUCCGAUGCCGUAUCCAACGGAACGUCCAUGACGCUUCAAGCCUCGGGCGGCGCCAACCAGAACCGGACCGGCACCAUCAAGGGUAUCCUGAAGAAGGGCAGUCCAGGACCGCAGAUGAAUGCUCCCCAGACAGACGACGCUGACGAAGACUGGGGCAAGAUGGCAGCACGCAAAAACAGGUCGAAGGGCAAGGAGAACACCAGCUCAGGCCUUGAAGACCUUACUCGCGGUCUCAACAUCUAG